UCCUGUCUACUCUCUCUCUAAGGGACGCCAUACUUCUCCUCUCUCUCUAAAUAACUGCACUCUCUCUCUCCAGCUCAGAGUCAGUCUCUCUGAACGAACGUUAUAUGUUAAUGGAAGUGCCGGAGUACUUUGUCGGUGGCUAUUUCUCUGCCGGAGGAGAUCAAUUCUCGCCGGAGAAGCGCCAUGGUGCUGACCAGAAGCCUGGUGAGCCCUUCGCCAUUGACGACCUCCUUGACUUCUCCAACGCCGACGCUAUGAUCAUGUCCGACGGUUUCUUCGACAAUGCCGCCGGCAACUCCACUGUCACCGCCGUUGACAGCUGUAAUUCGUCCGUUUCGGGCGGUGACAAUCAUUUCUCCUCUGGCAACGCUGGCUCCCGCGGCUCUGGCGAUCCUCAAUUAUCCGGAGAACUCUGCGUUCCGCAGUACGACGACUUGGCUGAACUGGAAUGGCUAUCGAACUUCGUGGAAGACUCAUUCUCGGUCGAAGAUGAGCUACAAACACUCCACCUCAUCUCCGGCACCACUUCUUCCGCCAUCGGCACGAAGCCUCAGACACCAGAGUCCUCCUCUUCCUCCGAAACACUUCAACACUUCGCCGCUGACACCGCUCGAAACGCACCGCUUUUCCAUCCAGAAACUCCGCUUCCGGGUAAAGCUCGCAGCAAGCGUACAAGAGCUGCCCCCGGGGAUUGGUCUACUCGCUUCCUCCACCUGAUCACCCCAACGGUCGUGCCGGAACCGGCUCAAGCGAAGGCGGCGGCAAAGAAAAGAGAGAGUUCGAAUUCGGAGUACUCUUCGGGUAGGAAAUGCCUGCAUUGCGCCGCCGACAAGACUCCACAAUGGCGGACGGGACCAAUGGGCCCGAAGACGCUGUGUAAUGCUUGCGGAGUGCGUUACAAGUCCGGAAGGCUGGUGCCGGAGUACCGACCGGCUGCGAGCCCGACUUUUGUGUUGUCAAAGCACUCUAAUUCGCACAGGAAGGUGAUGGAGCUGAGGAGGCAGAAGGAAAUGCAGAGGCAGCAACAUCAACAAUUGGUUAGCCACAAUUCAAUUUUCGGCGUUUCUCACGGGGAGAUGAGUUCCUGAUCCCCCGCCCCACUGGUCCAGAUUACAGGCACAUGAUCUAGUAAGUUCCAGAGACUGAGUAGUGUAAUUUAGGAUUAUUGGAGAAGAAUUAACAGAGCUUCAGGCUCCGCAUUCAAAAAACUUUUUUUCUUUUCUCUUUUGAAGUGAAAAUUUUUGUCUUAUAAAUUUGAUCAAUCUGUAGUUUUAGCAGUACAAUUCAGUACAAUUCAGAGAAGCAAAAUGAGAUUAGGUUUGAAGGACAUGGAAGAAAAUAGAGGAAGCUAAGAUCAGCUUCUUUUGAA